GAUCUAGAAAUGGCAGACCGACUUGUCUACUCUCCGCUUCGGACUGCCUUGUUAAUCUCGGUCUUGGCAGUCCUAUCAAGCGUGCAUGGCAUCGGCGUCAACUACGGUUUGGUUGGCGACAACCUACCCAAGCCCAGCGCGGUGGUGGAUCUCUACAAAUCCAACAAUAUCGAUGGCAUGAGGAUCUUUAAUCCAAACCAUGACGUCCUCGAAGCCCUACGAAGAUCCAACAUCACACUCAUCGUUGGCGUUGAGCACAAAGAUCUCCAACCUCUGGCCUCCGAUGCUUCCGCAGCUACCAACUGGGUUCAGACCAACAUAGUACCCUACUCGCCCAGCGUCUCCUUCCGCUACGUAGUCGUCGGCAACGAGGUCAUCCCCGGAGAUUUGGCGCAGUACGUCUUCCCCGCCAUGCAAAAUAUCCAAACCGCACUCGAUUCCGCCGGCCUACAAGUCAACGUCUCAACCUCGGUCGCGCUAUCUGUUCUCGGCUCAUCGUAUCCUCCCUCCGCCGGUGCUUUCACUCCGGAAGCACAAACCUACAUGAAACCCAUCAUACAGUUUCUCGCCGGCGGUGGAUCCCCGCUCCUCGUCAACGUGUAUCCUUACUUCGCCUACAGAGACAACGCUGAUCAGAUCGCGCUGUCCUAUGCCCUGUUCACCUCCGAAGGAGUGGUGGUGACUGAUGGAGCAUAUGGUUACAAGAACCUGUUCGACGCAAUGCUGGAUGCGACCUAUGCGGCGAUGGAGAAGGUGGGAGGGAAGGAUGUGGCCGUCGUGGUGACCGAGAGUGGCUGGCCAUCAGAUGGCGGCUUUGCAGCAAAUAUCAGCAAUGCUCACACAUACAUCCAGAAUCUGAUCGAUCACGUUGGGGAAGGAACACCAAGAAGACCUGCACCGAUCGAAGCCUACAUAUUUGCCAUGUUUAACGAGAACCAAAAGGAAGCAGGAACGGAGCGAAACUUCGGUCUCUUUUACCCGGAUGAGCAACCCGUCUACCCAUUAAGCUUUGUUUAGCCAAAACAUGGUGGAAGAACUCAUUCCUAUAUCUCAAAACGCAAAACCAUAAGGCACCGGAAGAACUCCCAAAAUUCUGGUCCUUCAAGUCUCGCACUAGGGAAUACCCAUGUUUAGGAAACUUA